AUGGCACCGCUUCCCAUUAAGUUCUCCGAGCUGCUACAGCUGUCGCAAGUCGACAUCCUCCCCACCUCGAUAGGAUUCAACUCAUGUACCCUUGAGUCCGACUCGUACAUUUGCGUCAGGCAGCAGGCCGACCAGAGCGCCUCGCCCGAAGUCAUCAUAAUCGACCUCAAAAAUGGCAACAACAUCAUCCGGAGGCCCAUCAAGGCCGACAGCGCCAUCAUGCACUACAACAAGCAGAUCAUCGCAUUGAAGGCCCAGCAGCGGACACUGCAGAUCUUCGACUUGGCGCAGAAGGCGAAGCUGAAGUCGACCACCAUGAACGAAGAUGUCGUGUUCUGGAAGUGGUAUAGCGAAUCGAGCCUCGGCCUCGUCACCGAGAACUCCGUCUACCAUUGGAACAUCUUCGACCCGAACCAGGCGACGCCGGUCAAGAUCUUUGACCGGAACCCCAACCUUUCGGGCUGCCAAAUCAUCAACUAUCGGGUCAACGACGAAGAGAAGUGGUCUGUCAUAGUGGGCAUUUCCCAGCAGCAGGGCCGUGUGGUCGGAGCCAUGCAGCUCUACUCUAGAGAUCGCGGCAUCAGCCAAAACAUCGAGGGACACGCUGCUGCUUUUGGCACGCUUCGUAUGGAAGGUGCGCCCGCCGAUACCAAAGUCUUCACUUUCGCUGUUAGGACCGCAACCGGUGCGAAGCUGCACGUUGUGGAGAUUGAUCAUCAGGCUGGCAACCCUACUUUCGCGAAGAAGGCCGUCGAUGUUUAUUUCCCGCCCGAGGCUACCAACGACUUCCCCGUCGCCAUGCAGGUGUCUGAGAAGUACAACAUCAUCUACCUUGUCACCAAGUAUGGUUUCAUCCACCUGUACGACUUGGAGUCGGGCACCUGCAUCUUCAUGAACCGCAUCUCUAGCGACACCAUCUUCGUUACCGCACCCGACUCCGACUCCGCGGGCAUCAUUGGCAUCAACCGCAAGGGCCAAGUCUUGUCCGUCACUCUCGACGAAAACACUGUGAUACCCUACCUGCUGCAGAACCCGGCCAACGCCGAGCUGGCCUACAGGUUGGCUUCGCGUGCCGGUCUGCCUGGUGCCGAUAACCUGUACCAGCAGCAAUUUGAGAACCUUUUGGCAUCCGGCCAGUACGCCGAGGCGGCAAAGACGGCGGCCAACUCUCCCCGUGGAUUCCUUCGCACACCCCAGACGAUCGAGCGCUUCAAGCAGGCUCCUCCCCAGCAGGGCCAGCUGUCUGUUAUCCUGCAAUACUUCGGCAUGCUAUUGGACAAGGGCAAGCUGAACCAAUUCGAGACAUUGGAGCUGGUACGGCCUGUUCUUCAGCAGGGCCGCAAGCAUCUUCUGGAGAAAUGGCUGGGAGAGGGCAAGCUGGAGUGCUCGGAGCAGCUUGGAGACAUCGUCAGGCUGCAUGAUCUCAAUCUGGCCUUGACCAUCUACCAGCAGGCUGGUUCGUCUCAGAAGGUUGUAGCUGCGCUGGCGGAGCUCGGCCGAUUCGAUGAGAUUCUCCCGUAUGCGAAGCAGAGUGGCUACACGCCCGAUUUCACCGUCCUGCUCCAGCACAUUGUGCGCGUCAAUCCGGAGAAGGGCGCCGAGUUCGCGACCGCCUUGGCCAAGGAGGAAAGUGGCCCCUUGAUCGACAUCGACCGUGUCGUCGACAUUUUCCAGUCUCAGGGUAUGGUUCAGCAGUGCACCGCCUUCUUGCUCGACGUCCUCGCGCCCAACCUCCCGGAGCAGGGCCACCUCCAGACGAAGCUGCUAGAGAUGAACUUGCUCAACGCUCCUCAGGUAGCAGACGCCAUUCUCGGCAACGAGAUGUUUUCUCAUUACGACAAGGCGCGCAUUGCCCAGUUGUGCGAGAACGCCGGCCUGCUGACGAGAGCGCUGGAGCACAACGACGACCCGGCCGCAAUCAAGCGCAUCAUUAUCCACACGGAUAAGCUCCCCGAGGAAUGGCUGAUAAACUACUUUGGUCACCUGACUGUCGAGCUCUCCAUCGAUUGCUUGGACGAGAUGCUUAAGACGAACAUCCGCCAGAAUCUGCAGUCCGUCAUUCGCAUUGCCCAGAAGUACUCCGAUCUUCUCGGCCCGACCCGCAUUAUUGACUUGCUGGAGAAGUACCGCACCGCCGAGGGCCUCUUCUUCUACCUCGGUGGAAUCGUGAACCUUAGCGAGGACAAGGAUGUGGUCUUCAAGUACAUCGAGGCUGCGACUGCCAUGGGCCAGCUCAACGAAGUCGAGCGCAUUUGCCGCGAGAACAACUUCUUCGACCCGGAAAAGGUCAAGAACUUCCUCAAGGAGGCCAGGUUGACCGAGCAGCUCCCGCUCAUCAUUGUCUGCGACCGCUUCAACUUCAUCCACGACCUGGUGUUGUACCUGUACAAACAGCAACAGUUCAAGUCCAUCGAGGUCUAUGUUCAGCGCGUGAAUCCGUCCAGGACCCCGGCUGUCAUUGGCGGUCUUCUCGACGUAGACUGCGAUGAAAACAUCAUCAAGGGCCUGCUGCAGUCAGUCAACCCUGCUUCGAUCCCCAUCGAUGAGCUCGUUGCAGAAGUGGAGACCCGCAACCGUCUCAAGCUCUUGCUACCGUUCCUGGAGGCUACUCUCGCCAGCGGCAACCAGCAGCAGGCUGUCUACAACGCCCUCGCCAAGAUCUACAUCGACAGCAACAACAACCCGGAGAAGUUCUUGCGUGAGAACGAUCAGUACGACACGCUCACUGUCGGUAAAUACUGCGAGGCCCGUGACCCCAGCUUGGCCUUCAUCGCCUACCAGAAGGGCCAGAACGAUCUUGAGCUCAUCAACAUCACCAACGAGAACUCGAUGUUUAAAGCCCAGGCGAGAUACCUGCUUGAGCGGUCCGAUCCCGAAAUCUGGGAUUACGUGUUGAGCGCCAACAACCUCUUCAAGAGGUCGGUGGUGGAUCAGGUCAUCGCCACUGCCGUGCCGGAGUCUCAGGAGCCUGAUAAGGUCUCGGUCGCUGUCAAGGCUUUCAUCGGCAACGAUCUUCCUGGCGAGCUUAUCGAGCUUUUGGAGAAAAUCAUUCUGGAGCCAUCCACGUUCAGCGAUAACCCGACGCUGCAGAACCUGCUUAUGCUCACUGCAGCCAAGUCGGACAAGGGUCGCUUGAUGGGCUACAUCCAGCAGCUUGAAAACUACACUCCGGACGACAUCGCCGCGCAGUGUAUUGAGUUGGGCAUGUACGACGAGGCCUUUGAGAUCCACAAGAAGCACAACAAUCAUCUCGAGGCUGUCAACGUCCUUGUUGACCACAUCGUCAGCAUUGACCGCGCCCAGGAGUAUGCCGACCGUGUCGAUCUGCCCGAGGUUUGGAGCAAGGUCGCCAAAGCCCAGCUGGACGGUCUGCGUGUAACCGACUCCAUCGAGUCGUACAUCCGAGCUCAGGACGCGUCAAACUACAACGAGGUCAUUGAGAUUGCCACGCAUGCUGGCAAGGAUGAUGAUCUGAUCAAAUUCCUGAGGAUGGCUCGCAAGACCCUGCGUGAGCCCCCGAUCGAUACCGCUUUGGCCUUCUGCUUCGCCCGUACCAACCAGCUCGCUGAGCUCGAGGACUUCUUGCGCGCGACCAACGUCGCGGAUGUGGAAGCCUCUGGCGACAAGGCUUACGAGGAGGGUUACCACGAAGCUGCCAAGAUCUUCUUCACCAGCAUCUCCAAUUGGGCGAAGCUUGCGACCACCCUUGUGCACUUGGAGGACUACCAGGCUGCUGUCGAGUGCGCUCGCAAGGCCAACAGCACCAAGGUGUGGAAACAGGUCAACGAGGCCUGCGUUGCCAAGAAGGAGUUCCGUCUCGCCCAGAUUUGCGGCCUGAACCUUAUUGUCCACGCCGAAGAGCUCUCGGAUCUCGUUAAGCAGUACGAAAGGAACGGCUACUUCGACGAGCUCAUUGCUCUCCUCGAAGCCGGCCUCGGCCUUGAACGUGCGCACAUGGGAAUGUUCACCGAGCUGGGUAUCGCUCUCUCCAAGUACCACCCCGAGCGCGUCAUGGAGCACCUCCGGCUCUUCUGGUCCCGUAUCAACAUCCCCAAGAUGAUCCGCGCCUGCGAGGAGGCUCACCUCUGGCCCGAACUCGUGUUCUUGUAUGUCCACUACGACGAGCCGGAUAACGCUGCUCUGGCCAUGAUGGAGCGUGCGGCGGAUGCCUGGGAGCACCACUCGUUCAAGGACACGGUCGUCAAGGUUGCCAACUUGGAGAUUUACUACCGCGCGUUGAACUUCUACCUCCAGGAGCAGCCAUCGCUGCUUACCGAUCUCCUUCAGGCGUUGACGCCGAGGAUCGAUGUUAACCGUGUUGUUCGCAUGUUUGAGAAGUCGGACAACAUUCCUCUCAUCAAGCCGUUCUUGCUGAACGUCCAGUCGCAGAACAAGAGGGCUGUUAACAACGCGAUCAAUGACCUGCUUAUCGAGGAGGAGGACUACAAGACUCUCCGCGACUCGGUCGAGAACUACGACAACUACGAUGCGGUUGAGCUCGCGCAGCGCCUCGAGAAGCACGAUCUUGUCUUCUUCAGGCAAAUCGCUGCCAACAUCUACCGCAAGAACAAGCGUUGGGACAAGUCGAUCGCACUUUCGAAGCAGGACAAGCUUUUCAAGGACGCCAUCGAGACGGCGGCCCUGUCGGCCAAGGCGGAGGUGGUGGAAGAAUUGCUGCGCUAUUUCGUCGACAUCGGCAGCCGCGAGUGCUACGUUGGCAUGCUUUACGCGUGCUACGACCUGAUCCGCCCUGAUGUCAUUCUGGAGGUGUCCUGGCGCAACGGUCUCCACGAUUUUACGAUGCCGUACAUGAUCAACUUCUUGGCACAGCAGGCGGCGACCAUUGAACUGCUCAAGAAGGACAACGAGGAGCGCAAGACGAGGGAGCAGUCGCAGCAGAAGAACGAGGAGAACACGCCGAUACUCGGAGCGUCUCGUCUCAUGCUCACGCAGGGCCCGAGCGCGCCCUCGCCAGCGCCGUAUGGCCAGGCCAACGGCAUUGCGCCUCAGACGACGGGCUACCGUGCAUUCUAG